CCUCGCGCCGAGUCCGACGGCGCCUGCGCGCUGCGCAGCCGGCAAGGGGGCGGGGCAGGCGUACUUCCGCGCCUCGCUGUCCCCUAGCGCCGCCGGACGUCGCUCAGGCCUUCGGCACCAUGAAGAUCUGGACUUCGGAGCAUGUCUUUGAUCACCCGUGGGAAACCGUGACAACAGCUGCGAUGCAGAAGUACCCCAACCCCAUGAACCCGAGUGUCGUGGGCGUAGAUGUGCUGGACCGCCACGUGGACCCCUCCGGGAAGCUGCACAGCCACAGACUCCUCAGCACCGAGUGGGGGCUGCCUUCCAUGGUGAAGUCUAUUAUUGGUGCAGCAAGAACCAAGACGUACGUGCAAGAGCAUUCUGUAGUUGACCCUGUGGAGAAAACAAUGGAGCUCAAGUCUACCAAUAUUUCGUUUACAAACAUGGUUUCUGUAGACGAGAGACUAGUGUACAAACCACAUCCUCAGGACCCAGAAAAAACCAUUUUGACUCAAGAAGCCAUCAUCACGGUGAAAGGGGUGAGCCUCAGCAGUUACCUGGAGGGGCUUAUGGCCAGCACCAUCUCCUCCAAUGCUAACAAGGGCCGAGAAGCAAUGGAAUGGGUAAUACACAAAUUGAAUGCUGAGAUUGAAGAACUGGCAGCUUCGGCCAGAGGAAGCGUGAGGACCCCGAUGGCGGCGGCGGCCUUUGUGGAGAAAUGACAGUGAGCCUUGUCCACAGCACCGGGGCCCGGGGCCUCCAAGCUGGCCGCAUAUUUAUUUGUUAUUUAAAAAACAUACAACUAUUUUAGGCAGAACUUUUUUUCAAAUGAGCUGGAUGGAGUAAGGCUGUGUGACUUCUGAUCCAAACAAAGAAACGCAGGGCUUCUAAGUG